UGUGUGGGGAGGAAAAUGCUUUUUCUUCAGGCAAUAUUGAAGAAAAGGCUUCUACAGAAAGAUGAUGGGCCAUACGGAAAAACUAAGGAUAUCUCUGGACCAGAGCACACCAUGACCUUGAGAAGACACAGUAUACCAGAAGCUCUGCGGGGGGUGACCAUGGUGGAGCUAGUAAAGAAAGAAGGCAGCACACUUGGACUCACCAUCUCGGGAGGCACUGACAAGGAUGGGAAGCCACGGGUAUCAAACCUACGGCCCGGCGGACUGGCAGCCAGAAGUGACCAGCUCAAUGUUGGGGACUACAUCAAGUCGGUGAACGGCAUCAAUCUGACCAAACUGCGGCAUGAAGAGAUCAUUAGUUUACUGAAGAAUGUUGGGGAGCGAGUUCUGCUGGAGGUGGAGUAUGAGCUGCCUCCUACAGCACCAGACAGCACCUCAGGGGUUAUAUCAAAGACAAUCGACAUCUGUUUGCACAAGGAGGGGACCAGCUUUGGUUUCGUCAUGAGAGGUGGUACCCAUGAAGACUGGCACAAGUCACGCCCCUUAGUUGUCACCUACGUCAGGCCAGGAGGUCCUGCAGACAGAGAGGGCACACUGCGUCCUGGAGAUCGUCUUCUAAGUGUGGAUGGUGUGCCGCUGCACAAUGCCAACCACAGUGAUGCUCUCAGUGUGCUGGCUCAGUGUGGCCAAGAAGCACUGUUCCAGAUAGAAUAUGACGUCACCAUCAUGGACACGGUGACGAAUGCCUCUGGUCCGCUAUUGGUGGAGAUUGCCAAGUCACCUGGAGCAAUGCUGGGCAUCACGCUGACAUCAGCCAAUCAUCGAAACAAACAGGUUAUAGUCCUCGACCGGGUUAAACCUGGCAGUGUGGUGGACAGAUGUGGAGCGAUGCAUGCUGGGGAUCAUCUGCUGUCUAUAGAUGGAACAUCAACAGAGCACUGCACAGUCCUGGAGGCGACGCAGCUUUUAGCAAGCACAACUGAACUGGUCAAGUUAGAAAUACUGCCUUCACAGCAAACAAGGUUAACUGGAAAACAGCAUGAUACAGUGAAGGUCCAGAAGUCAGACCAUCCCCACUCCUGGGACCCUUGUGUGAACUACUGUCACCCUCCAAACUCCACUCUCUGCAACGCAAGUUCCACCCUUAACAAAUCGUGGACUGCCUCCAACAACAACACCAUCAACAGCCUUGACUACUGCAAGUCUCUUGUAUCUGCAAGUUUCUCUCCUGGCUCAACAACCACGUCAGGCCCCAGUAGUCAGAGCUCCAGCACGCUGCCCAGGUCAGCUGUUCCCAUGAGUCCUCGAAACUCACUGCUGAAACGACGGCAGAGGAAGAAAGAGCACAAGAGUUCCUUGUCCCUGGCUUCAAGUUCGGUGGGUCCAGGUGGUCAGGUGGUUCAUGUAGAAACCAGUGAGGUCAUCUUAACUGGUGAUCCACUCAACGGCUUUGGUGUCCAGCUGCAAGGAGGAAUAUUUGCCACAGAAACCCUGUCUGCACCGCCUCUGAUCCGAUUCAUAGAACCUGACAGCUCAGCAGAGAGGUGCGGCCUGCUGCAAGUUGGAGACCGCCUCCUGUCAAUCAAUGGAAUUCCCACAGAAGAUGGAACGCUGGAGGAAGCCAAUCAGCUUCUCCGAGACGCAGCGUUGACCAAUAAAGUUUCUCUGGACAUAGAGUUUGAUGUAGCAGAGUCGGUGGUGCCUAGCAGUGGUACGUUCCACGUCAAGCUGCCGAAGAAGAGAGGAGUUGAGCUGGGGCUCACCAUUAGUGCCAGUAAGAAGCAAGGAGAGCCGCUCAUCAUUUCUGACAUCAAGAAAGGCAGCAUGGCUCACAGAACAGGAACGCUGGAGCCUGGCGAUAAGCUGUUGGCCAUCGACAACAUCAGGCUGGAGAACUGUUCCAAAGAGGAUGCAGAGCAGAUCCUCCAGCAGUGCGAGGAACUGGUCAAAUUAAAGAUACGCAAAGAUGAAGACAACUCAGAUGAGCAGGAGACGUCAGGCAGCAUCAUCUACACAGUGGAACUGAAGCGGUAUGGAGGCCCUCUGGGUAUCACCAUCUCAGGCACAGAGGAGCCUUUUGACCCCAUCACUAUAUCAGGCCUGACCAAGAGAGGCCUUGCAGAAAGGACAGGGGCUAUUCAUGUUGGUGAUCGGAUCUUGGCCAUCAACAGUGUCAGUCUGAAAGGCAAGCCACUGAGCGAAGCCAUCCACCUGCUGCAGAUGGCUGGAGAGACAGUAACCCUUAAAAUAAAAAAGCAGCUUGACAAUUUAGAGGAAAGGAAGGCAGCAGAAGUAGAGGACACGACAGAGAAUGAGAUCAGUGAUCCUGAUGAGGACGAUCUGACAGACAGCCAACAGACCAAUAAGUUAUCAGAGCUUUACUCCACAACUAUACCCAGCGUGGACUCUGCCAUGGAGUCAUGGGAUGGCUCCGGACUGGACGCAGGCUACGGCAGCCAGGGAACAUACAGUCAUCAAGCAGCUGGAAUUGCCCUUCAUCCACAUGAGUGGCGUAGCUCCAAGCAGCAGCGUAGCACCACACCUCCCCCACGUCCGCGGAAGAACUACCCAUUCAGCGAUGGAGGGUUCAGUGAGGAUGACUGGGACAAACCACCUGGGUUUAUUGGCCAGCAGCCUGAUGGUAUUCUGUUGGAUCCAGAUGACAGUUUCUGGUGUCAGGCACUGGAGGACCUGGAAACCUGUGGCCAGUCCGAGCUACUCAGAGAGAUAGAGGCAUCCAUCAUGACAGGCACAGCCAUCAGUCUGGGUGUAGAUGGUGUCAACAAACCUCCAGCUGAGACCAUACUGAGUCACAGCAGGAUGAGCCCACUCAGGAGGAAUUCUCUCCUUCAUCAGGGGAACCUGCUUCACCAGAGCGCACACUUUCAUCAGGGUGUCCUUCUGCAUGAGGAAGCCCAUCUACAUGAAGAUGCCCACCUCCUGCAAGAUGCCACCCUACUUGAGGAGGCCCAUUUCAACCAAGACGCACACCUGCACCAGGGGUCCCACAUCCACCAGGAAAACCAGUCUCCUCUUCUGCACCACGAGCCCAAACCCAAAGCUUCGCUGAGAGUAUCAGAGAGAACGUGGGAGUCUCGUCGCAUCAAAGAGGAGAUGCAGGGAAUUCUAUCCCCAACGCCUCUGGAGCUGCACAAAGUAACUGUAAUAAAGGACCCAGAGAGCGAUGACUUUGGUUUCAGUGUGUCAGACGGCUUCUUGGAAAAAGGUGUUUAUGUGAACAUGAUCAGACCUGACGGGCCAGCUGACAGAGCCGGGCUUAGACCUUUCGACAGGAUCCUGCAGGUGAACCAUGUCAGGACGAGGGACUUUGACUGCUGCCUGGCGGUGCCUCUCAUCACAGAGGCUGGAGACAGACUGGAGCUGGUCAUCAGCCGCAACCCACUGGCCAGCGAUAAUCCAGAGGACAAUAACAACACUUUAGACCACCCACUAGAUCUGUAACACACAUACAGAAAUCAGUCUACUCACAAUCAAUCUUGCUCAGGCAGGAGACAUGAUAAGUGAUGAAUUGCAAACAUAUCUACUGGAAAUGGUCCAAAUAUACACACCUAAAACACACAUCCAUACACUUGCAUGCACAGUCACCCCAACCAAUUUAUACUACAUUGUACUGCUGUUAUACAGUAUAUUCUUUAUGGAAACAUGAACGCAAUGUGAGGGGGAAAAACAAAAAAACAGAAACUGUGUUGGUAUUUAGCAUGAUGUUCUCAACAAAGUCAGCCUGCACCUACAUGGUAUUGUUAGGAGUCAGUUUUACUGACAGAAUCAGUAAACAUUAAACAUACAAAUGAAAAUCUAAAAGACAGGUAAAGUAAUUUCUGUUGUUUUAAAUACCAGAGCAUAAGUACACAUGAAUCAGCAGUGUUAGAGAUACAGAGAGAACUGCCUUAUCAUUCAGCGCAAGUAAUAUUAGGAAAUUUAAGUGAUCACGAGGAGAGAAAUUGCAUUGGUCAGUUUGUGCAUUUCAUUUUUGUUUUUACAGCAGGGUGGGGGUCAACAGAAGAGGAAACUGGUUCCAGGAGAAAUUGUUCUGUGGUUUAAACUGGUUGUUGACGGCAGCAGUCCUACAGCUUUUAGAUGUUUCCCUAGUCCAUCACACCUGAUUCAAAUAAAAUGGGCCCAACAGCUUAUUAAGUUCUGCCUUGUGACUUUUUAGUUCAAAUCAGGUGCGUUGGAGCAGGGAACCAUCUAAAACUUGCAGGACUGCGGCCCGCGAGGACCAGGGUUUCACACCACUGGUUUAAACAAAUGGGGCCAAUGUGGAAGUCCAUAAUUCUGCUGCUCCCUUUUAAUCAUAGCAUUGUUUAGAUUCUUCGUGUUUUAUCAGCUGCUGUUAAAGACA